UAUACUGAAGAUCAACUUAGUAUAUACUAAGCAAGGGUUUCAACAGGCUGCACUCACACAACCGCACAAGGUAUAGGGUACUGUUCGACUAGUAGUGUUUUUACGUUUCAUAGUAAAACACAUUAGGGACAGAGAUCCUACGUGGGGAGUAUGUACCCAGUGACUCCCGUUGUUGAUUUAACAAUUGGCACUCUUAUUUAUGACAUCAGCAAUCACCUGAGACUCUUGCUAUGAGCUGUCUAGGCUAUGGAAGCCCCUUGAGUUCACCGACUCUGAACUUGUUUAGUCAAGGCUGUAUCACAGUGGAGGUUCCUUCCUCCCUUCAGAGAAAGGCGCCUCUCUCCUUGAUGGCCUGCUCCUUCUGCUGGGUUCUUGUUCACCAGGAUCUUUCAUUUAGAUUGCUUUUUUAUGCAAAUGUAAUUUUAACAGUGAUUUUUUGGUACAUUUUAGUAAGAUUCACAGUGAAAGAUGCAGGUUUGUGUGUAUGUGUGAAAUAUAGGAAAUGAAACAUGAGUAAAAGAUAGCUGAUUUCUACACAUGGGCACCACACUUGGUAUUGCCAUCCCAUAUGGGGCUUACCUCACUGUGGAUAAAGGUCUCCACCACCUUUGACUUUUAGAGUUGCUCCUCUGUGAGAGACCACGACUUGACACAUGAUACUGAUGCCCCAUGCCCACAAGGCCUUUGUGCACAUGCGUUGUGCCUUCAGCACCUGAAGUGCGCACUGUGGAAUGUGUACAGCAGCGUUGCUUGGCACCGGCUGUUCAUUCUGAGCUGAGAGACUGCAGACUGCAGAGCUGCAUUGUGGCACCGUAGUGUUCCGACCAGUUGAUUGGUGUGUUUUUGUGCUCCAGAAGUGGCGAAAAGCUGCUAGGUGCCUAGAGGAUGAGGAAAGUUGUCUGGUGGGCUUCAAAGAAGUCCUCCGUCGGGUGCGAGAAUGGGAUUGAGGCCCAAUUCGGCUACCGCAUCCGAUGCAAGGACCUCCGGAAGCUCCACAAGGCUGCCAGUGAAGGGGACGUAGCCAGGGUCCAGCACCUCUUCUUGCUGAAGAAAAGCAGCACGAAUGACCGCGACAGGAAGAACAGGACUGCCCUGCAUUUGGCAUGCGCCAAUGGUCAUUCGGAAGUGGUGAUGCUCCUUCUUGAAAGAAAAUGCAUGAUCAAUGUCACUGACAAUAACAGCAUGACACCUCUGAUGAAGGCUGUUCAGAGCCAUGAAGAAAAAUGUGCACGAAUUCUACUCGAUCACGGGGCUGAUCCAAAUGUUAUAGAUGAGAAUGGCAACACAGCCCUCCACUAUGCAGCCUACUGUGAGAAUGUUGCAAUAGCAAAACAAUUACUCUUACGAAGUGCCGAUAUUGAAGUGAGGAACAAGGAUGGCUUCACACCACUAUUACUUGCAAUAUCUGAAAAUGGUGAGGAGAUAGCAGAAUUUUUGAUUAAGAAAGGAGCCAAUAUUCAUGCUGUUGAUAAGAUUAAACGGACGGCUCUCAUGCUGGCCGCACAAUAUAGAUCUACUAAGAUAGUAAGGCUUCUUCUAGAAAAAGGAAUUGAUGCCUCUUACUUAAACAUGUAUGGAUGGCCUGCAAAGAAGUUUGCUCUUGUUACAUUCAAUCUAGCUAAUCUCCAGCUAAUUCUGGAUUAUGAAGAUGAACACAGAUACAAAAUGCUUGAAAAGAAUAAUCUAGGUAAGUCUUCUAGUGAAUCACAUCUGGUGUUCCUGCCUUAGGUAAAAAUCACAAAAGAGGAGGUGAAAAUCAGUGACUAAAUCCAUGUGAAUUUUCCUAGCCACUUUUGUUCUUUUUUUCGUAUUUUUAAAAAUGUUAUUUAAGUUAUACAAGUUUCAUGUAUUUCAUGUAUAGAUUUAGGAACAUAGUGAUACUUCCCACCCAGCAUUCCCUCCUGCCCAUACUCCAACCCUUCUUCCUCCCCCUCUCCUAUUCCUGUUCUCAAUUUUUAGAGAGAUCUAUUUUGAAUUUUCUUAAUGGUGGUAAGGUUAACCCUUCUCACACACACACACACACACACCUCUCACACUGGAGUGUCAGGGUUUGGUUUCCUCCUCCAGACCCUGACUUCAGCUUCUUAACAUGGCAGACCAUAGGAAGACUGGUGAUGGCUCAGGUAACUGAACUUAUGUCACUGAUGUCAAAACCUGGAUUUCACUCCUGUCUCCUGGCCUCAGCCCUGGCCCAUCACCAGCUCUUGUGGACAUUUCAGGAGUGAACCAGUAAAUAGAAAUAUUGUCUCUUUCCUUGCUGCUCUGUGUGUCUCUCUAUGCCUGGCAAAUCAAUAAGUACAUAUUUCAAAAACAAAUUAUUAAGCUAUCGUAAUCAAAGCAAUCUGGUAGAAGCAUAUUGCAAAGGACACAUAGAGUAGAGGAACAAAACAGAAAGCAGCAAAAUAAAUCUAAACAUUUAUAAUCAACUAAUAUUUUAAAGAUUUAUUUAUUUGAAAGGCACAGUUCCAGAGACAGUGGGAGAGACAGAGAGAAGGAGAGAUCUUUCAUUCACUGGUUUACUCCCCAAAUGGCCACAAUGGAGCUUCUUCUGGGUCUCCCACAUGGGUGUAGGGACCCAAGGACUUGGGCCAUCUUCCUCUGCUGUCUCAGACACAUUAGCAGUGAGCUGGAUCAGAGGUGGAGCAGCAGGACUUAAACCUGUGCCCACAUGGGAUGCCAGCACCACAAGCAGUGGCUUCACCUGCUGUUCCACAACACCAGUCCUGAUAAACUAAUUUUUGACAAGGGCAUCAAGAAGACACAAUGGGAAAAUGAGAGGGUUUUCAAUAGACUGUGAUUGUCAGACCAGAUUUUCACAGGCUAAAGACUAAAUAUUGGACUCUUAUCUUACACCAUUCACGUAUGCUAGGUGCUUUAGAACAACAGAGACUUCUUGUUCCAAGACUCUUAACAUCUAGCAACUUGAAAGAGAGCUGAGAGGAGGCCCAUACUCCCUCUCAAGGUCUCUGACAAGCUUCUGGUGGCUUCUUGGCUUGUUAUAGUAUAGAUUCAAUCUUGCCAUGCCAUUUUACUUAGAAACAAUGGAUUCAGAUUAGACGUAAUGAUUACAUCUUUUAAAAGAUAUAUUUAUUUUAUUUGAAAGGCAGAGAGAGA